AUGACGCUGGGCGAUGAUCAUGCGACGGACCCUUUCUCUAGUGAUGGGCUCUGGAGGAUCUCUAAAUUCACUUUGCAGUCUAUCCAGCCUUUAGAGCCGCUGCCAUGGGACGAGAAACUUCCUGACCUUUCUGGAGGUUUCUUUAAGAGUCCUUUGAGUUUGUUCGAAGACCGUAAUCAUGGACUACACCAGCUCGACGUACAUGGACUCGAAUUGUUCAACCCCGAUCCUCCGCCGGAGUUGACGACGGACGCCUCCAGCGAUACGCACCUGAACUUGGAUCUCGACGAGCAUGAGGACGAUGAGGAAUUGGAGCAUAUAUGGGCGCUUGACAACUUGAAGCACGAGCCCGACACCAAAGCGCGGUUAAAAUCGUGGGAAACCUAUACAGACCGAACGUACCCCGAGCCCGUUUCAGCAUACUUCAGCGAGUCCGGACCGAAGGGUUUCGAUGCGGCAUUGGCACGGCAGACUACAAGUGGCGAUAAACAUGGCACGAAGCGCGUGGUACGCAAUGGUGUUUUCCUACAAGCCCUGCUUAGGCUCGGGCUGGGCUGGAGCUCUAUCUUCUUCCGGUAUAACGACCAAGAUAAGAGGUUCGAGCAGGUGCUGCAUGGUAUCCGGGUAUCUGGAGUCAGCGCAGCUGCACUGAAUGGUGUGACGAAUGAAGUGCUACAGUGUGGAACAAACAUGCAGAAGCCCUCCGUGAUGUGCUCUUUUUCAAGCGCCAUGGCUGUGAUCAUCUACACGCUAGAAAGACAACUUGCGAGAUGCUCUACCGGAGCAAGGUCACUUCUUCAGAUUAGGGCGUUAUUCGAGCGACGUGGGGAAUUGGUCGGUGCACUAGCGAAUAUGGUGGAGGCUGUUGAGGGAGCUGCCUCGGACGCCCAGAUCAUUUCGAUUGUCCUUGAGAGAACUGCCCAUUUCUCUCAGACGUAUAGUCACUUGGAACAGCUCUUCCGGGAGAUUGUGUAUCGAAUCAGCGAGCCUUUCUUGCGCCAUGUCGAGAGCUGGGUGGGGUUCCGCUCCGAGACGUCGGCGUUGAAUGAGCUAGCGACUACUGGGAGGAGCUUUGUGGCUUUGGAGCACCAUGAACACAGUUCCAAAGCAGGAGCGUCGAAAAGGAACGAGGUUGAGUACAGCUAUCGUUCAGAUCAAAUGCCGUCUUUCAUACCCACGGACCAAGCGAGGCUGAUAUUCGAAAGCGGGCGAAGCCUACGGUUGCUCAAACGAUCCCAUCCCCAGCAUCCAAUUGCGAGCGAGGGUCUUUGCGAUAAUUCUCCCAAGUUUGAGUGUGCGAGAACUUGGAAAGACAUCGAGAGAAUCCAGGGCAAGGCCCACGACUAUGAAAGGAGGCUCCGCUCUGAGAUACGCAAGUACAACCGGGGAGUAGUCUCUUCCCAUAACGAAGUUGGAAGCUCUGAUCUUGGCGAUCCCCAGAAACGGGACGCGGCGAUAGUCGCUGGUACUUUCGAGUUGUUCAACAUCGACGAUCGUGGAAACACGACCGGACUUUUGGAACUCCAGUCGGAGAAGGAUAAAAUAGGGCAACUACUCGAUAACAACAAAAACACCGACACCAGAGAACUCGAACAAGAAGUGUCAUUCGGUCCGGACCUCGUUUCCUCUCUUUAUCUGUCAAUUGCGCCGUUGCUAUCAUCUCAGGCCUUAUUGAUCGACUUCUCCUGUCUUCACCUCCUGUUCAAAGAACACGGCCUCAGAAACCAUCUAAAUCUUCAAUGGCGUUUCCAGCUUCUCGGCGACGGUUUUUUCACAUCACGUCUCUCCCACUCCCUCUUUGACCCAGAAAUGGCCAGCGGCGAGCGCAAAUCCGGCAAAGUACGGAACAGCGUUCACACCGGCCUGCGUCUAGGCAGCAGGGAUACAUGGCCGCCAGCCAGUUCCGAACUACGACUGGUGCUCAUGGGUAUUCUCAACGAAUGCUACGACGGAGGCGACCACUCAAGCGAAACGGAAUCCCGCAAAGAACGAGAACUCCCCGGCGGACUGAACUUCUCCAUCCGCGAGCUGACCGACGAAGAAAUCAUCAAAUGCAGGGAUCCAAACGCGAUCGAAGCGUUGGACUUUCUACGCUUGCACUACACACCAUCAGCCGUUCUCGAAACAAUACUCACCAAGCGGUCUCUCACCAAAUACGACACCCUCUUCAGACACGUCCUCCGCCUGCUCCGCAUGGUCUCAGUAGUCAAAGGCCUAAUCCGCGACUCCACAGCCAGAGACUCCCUCUCAGGCGACACGCGGAACGUGUUCCAGAAAUUCCGCAUCGACUGCCAGCACUUCGUCCUCGCCGUGAGCGACUACUCCUUCCACGUCGGCAUCGGCUCAACGUGGCAGCGCUUCCAGGAGACGCUCUCCCGAAUAGACACCUGUCUCAGCCGCGGCGACAUCGAAGGCACGAUCGACGCCGCUCACUCCGUCCCCAGUCUCAGGGACUACCACGAGGAUAUCCUCGACCAGAUGCUGUUCGCGCUCUUCCUCAGCCCGCGCCAUGCGGACGCCGCCAGGUUGCUCGAGGGCAUCUUCGGCACGAUCCUCGUGUUCGCGCCGCUUUCGAGGCUGGAUGGAUUGCGGGGUGUGCGGCAUGAGAGCGAGGCGACGGUUUAUCGGCUUUAUGCUACCUUCCGGAAGCAGACUUCUGCUUUUGUGGGGUAUCUGCGUGGCUUAGAUGGUGCUAAGGAGUCGUCGAAAUCUGGGGGGAGGUUUGGGAAGAUGUUUGCUUCGAGGGAAGCGCCUGCUGGUGCUUUUGAGCAGCUGUUGGCUCGGUUGGAUAUGAAGAAGUAUUACUGA